AUGAAAUCAUCACUUGUAACAGAGAAUGGACACAGAACCAAAACAAACCCUGACCAUAACUCUAAGUUUAGUUAUUCAUCUUGUAAGUCUUGUCUCACAAGUGUAAUUUAUUUUUCAUUAUAACAAGGAACGUUAAACUUAAGUUAAAGCUACAUGCAAAGUCUUGUAUGAAAUGAGAGAAGAUCAAUCAAGUAAAUUAACAGUGAAGUUUACAUAACUUCAAAUUGUUUUGGCUACAUAGUCAAUUAUUCAAUUAAUCUCUAAAUUCAAGUCUGCUAAAUUGUAGACAUAUUUAAGGAUUCUUAUAUAGGAUAGUAUUUUCAGACAACCAUCUCUACAUCCUAUUAAAUCUAUCCCUUUACCUAAAGAUAUUGAUGAUUGUUUAUAAAUAUAGAUUAAACAUAAACCUGAAUAUAAAUAACGUCAUCAUUUUCAAACUCAAAAAGGAUGGAUUCUUAUGUAAACUCUAAAUAAAUUGAAGCAAAAAUAAUAACGGUUUUUAUUUUAACUCAUUAAUAAACAUAUUAAAUUAUGCAAAGGAACUUAGAAAAUUAUUAAAUUCAUCAAAAAAUAUAAUAAAUAAUAAUAAUGUCGAUCAUUAAUUUUUAUUAUGUAAAUUAAUUAGAAUUAUUUGUUCGAAUAUAAUUGGAAAGAUAUUGAGUAAACUUAAUUAUAAUUAAUAUAAAAAUAAGAUAGUAGUAUUGAAUUAAUCUCAAUUAAGGAAUAAUUGGCAAUUAAAUUAGCAAGUACAACCAAUUUUACAUCACUUUUAAAUGAAAAAUAUAGAAAAAUGAAUUUUUAUUUCUUUCUAAAGUUCUUAAGAUACUAAAAUAACUAAUCUUAAUUAAUAUCAAAUUUAUAGUAAGGUAUAGAAAUAAAUCAAUCAAAUUAUAAUUAAUCAUAUAUUUAAGAAAACUAAUAAAUUAUAGCAGCAUAAAAUUUGCAUUCAUUUUUGUUUAUCAAAUUAUAAAAUUAUUUAUAAACAAUAAAAAUUUUUCAUUUGAAAAAUGAUUAUUAGAUGAUUGAUACAAUGAACAAUAUGAUUAUUAAUAGUAAUAGUAAUUUGAAAUAUUCUUUUGACAUUAAAAGAAACUUGGAUAAUAAUUAAAAAAGUUUUGAUAUGGGAAUUAAUAAUUUUGGAGUACAAAAAUAGAUCUCAUCUUUAUAAAAUAUUUCAGAUAUUGAUGAAUCUACAAAAUCAAUAAUACAAGAGAAUUAACCUUUAGAAUAGUGUUUAAAUAAGAAAAAAACAAAGAAUUAACAUAAUAAAAUCAAGAAUGCAAUAAAAUCUUAUUGCAAUUUAUAAUUAUAAAAUAGAGUAGGUAAAGAAAACACAAUAAAAGUGGAAAAUUUUGAUUUAAUUAAGAGAUAAGGGAUGAGAAAAUAAUAAUUAAAUCAUAAUUAAUUGUACACUCCAUAUUUAUUGAUUGUUGUAAUGACAAUAUUAUUAAUAUUGUUUUUGAAAUGA